CCAACCCGAACCAUGGAUCCUUCACAAAUUCCAUGUUCCAGCCGUUGGCGUUCUUUCAAGUUUAACUCCAUUGUUCCAUCUUCUUUUAGUAUAUCUGGCUCACCGGCACCUCGGUAUGCUUCUAGGUGGGACUCUUUUCCUUACCCAUCUCUCUAUCCAACUGCCUCAGACAUUUCUGGCAGGUGGCCAUCUGAAUAUACUGUUGAUUCUACUUCUCUGGCGGCGCCAGAUUAUCCCAAUGCUGAUAACAUUGCCACCAGAUAUGCAUCAGUAUGUGAUGCUACUAGUAUUAGCACUACAGAUAUGAUUCAUAUGAAGGACAUCAUUGUUCCUUCUGCUUUCAAUACAUCUGCCUCACUGGCUCCUCGGAAUGCCUCCACUUGGAAUUCUUUUAUAGGGCUGUCUAACAAUCUGGUGGCCUCUGACAUUUCUUGCAGGAGACCAUCAGAAACCACCUCUUAUUCUUCUUCUCAUCAGAAGUCAGAAAACUCUAACAACGCUCGCAGCAUUGCCAUCCAAAAAGUAGUGUCUUCGAAUGCUACUGUAGAUGUGGCCAGUGGCAGUGUCCAAGCGGCUUCUGCUUCAGAAAUUGCUCGACGAAAAGUGAAAUUCUUGCAACGUCCAAGAUGGGAUGGAUUUGCUGAGGCUCUACCAGCCUAUAAUGGUACAACUUAUUGGGGUUCUGUUCUUAGUAGCGCUCCACCUUCAGGUAAAAACCGAGUAUUUUAUGCUGGCAACAUCAAUUAUAUUUAUCAAAUUCGCAAAGAUAAGCUUCUGGCUGUGGCCGAUGUUGAGGCCAUCAUGUACAUCUAUGGUGUUGAGAACACAAGUGCUCUGAGCAUUGUGAAAAAACUUGACCCGAACAAACGUGGGAUGUUUAACAUGAACUCUGAAAAUAAGCAAAUUCUUCUUGCUUCAACAAUCAGUUUCUCAAACAUGAAGGAGCCUAAUCUAAGUAUAUUAAGGCAUGCAAGCAAGUGUUAUCAAGAUAACUUGCUCUCACCACUGCAUUUUUCUUGCUAUAUAAGGGAACUCUUGGAAGGAAAAUAUUUAGGAGAUGGAUCUCGAAUAAUGCUCCUUGGAAUAUAUAGCAUUCUUGGUGUUUUGGAGGGUUCAUCAAACCAUGGACUUACCACAAAAGAUGUGAAGAAGUUCAUAAAAUUACCACAUUCUUACGAGAGACAUGUGCGAGACCUUAUAAAUAUGAUCAUAAAAAAUUACAAUGGAACUAUUUCUUGUUCGAGCUUGUACAAAUUAUUGUACCGUCGAAAUUUGUUUGGAAAGCUGCAUAUUCUAAUGUUUGACAAUCUAGGAGAGCAAAACCCGUCAAUGUUCUUCUCUUUAAUGGACAAAGGCGAAGAUGGAUUCCUCUCAUCUACUGAUCUUCGUAGGUUUGCUGCCAUCUUUGGUCGAUAUCCAUCGGAUGAAGUGAUCGAUCGUGUGACUCGCAAGCUUGAUUUCGACGGUGAUGGUAAGAUAAGCUUGGAGGAUUUUCAUGGAACAAUGGAGCCUAUAUUAGAUGGGUUGACAUGGGAAUUUUGGUUGGUUGCUAUCUUGAUUACUUUGAAAUUUUAGUCAGAUACAGGGCUAUUCUUAACAUGCCAUUUAUGACAGUCAUGGGCUAAUUACAAUUUACGUUGCUGAUCAAAUUUACCAAUUUGUAGGUAAUAUAAUGUGUU